AUGUUCUAAGGAUUCAUUAUUUGGAUUGCCUUGAAAACAACACAAUAUGUGUAAUAUUGUAAAUUUUAUUUUCCUUUUUCUUGCUUUCAUCCGACCUGUACAUUGUAAGCUUUGCGACGGCAGGUAUUUCGACAUUGUUGGCAGAGUUGUGUUCGGGGAAGCUCGAGGUGAACCAAUGGCUGCCAAACUAGGGGUCGUGUACACGAUGCUCAAUAGGAUGCGACACGAGGCUUACCCCAACAAUCUAUACUCCGUCAUCUACGAGAGGAUGACUACAGGAGUCUACAUGUUCCAAACUCUGAAUGAUGCCAAUCACACAUUAGAGUGGCAACAAGCCAAAAUCGGUAAAUAUCCGGAAUACGAGGACGUGUUUCAGGCGACAGUAGACGCUUUGUGUCGGUAUAAACCUGAUCCUACCACAUGUGCGACAAAUUUCUGCUCCACUGACCCCUGUCCUGCCACGGAAUCUAAUCCUUGGUGGCUAGCAACGAAUAAGAUUCAAUUAGGAAACCUAUACUUUGUCUGAAGAGUGAGUGCUACGGCGUCUAGGCACUCUCGAGAUCGAGGACGAGGUUAAACUGGUUCAAAAUCUGGAGAUUCUUGGUGAAAACCAAUAAACUCAGAAAUAGAGACGUUAUCAUGUAUAUUCCUUACAUCAUUUAAUGCAUUUUUGCAUCUAUGAAAUCAAAAUUAAAUAUAUAUUUUACUUAA